AGGUUACGAAUAAACUGUACUGAUGAAGUAGAAAUUGAAAUUUUGCAGGCGCUAUCGAGUGAGGUCUACACCUGCUAUAUUGCACCAGUGUAGAAAGUUCAGUUUAGGCGGUUAAACCUCGUGUUGUUCCACGUGCUGAGACGCGUAAAGUUUAAAAAAAGAAUUAAUAUAAAUACUGGUAGUAUACGUUGUAGAUUUUUGUUCAAGUAAAACUGCAAUUUCACAACUCAAUUAUUUACUUAGAUUAUUGAUAUCCGCUAUUUGUGACAGCUGUGGAUGGUAUUGAUACAACUUAAAUAUGCGUCAAGAUACUGAACCAAUGUCCGCUUAUGCAAUGCAGAAACGUAAAGCAGAGCAAUUGUCGAAUGUUUCUAAGAAAUUAAAGCAGCAACAUUUGUCACAAAAAAUCGUAGCACCUAAUCCAAACCUUGAAGUGAAAAAGAAUGGAAAGCAAGUGACAACCAAAAAGAAUCAGGUUAAUGGUAAAUGUACUUUCAACGUUGCUGGGAAAUUCAGAAAAAAUAAUGUCAUCAGGAACUUAAGAUCUACAAAAAAUAAAAAGAAAAAUAAAAAAGAUUUGGACAAAACUCAACUAUCAAUAAAAAAUACCAAGAAGAAACAAUUAAAUAAUGAAAAGGACUGUAAAAGUAAAAUAAAUCACCAUCAUUUUAAUCCUAUCAAAGAGAGUACAAACAUAUUUGAGUGGUUGAUAUAUCCCUUUAAAGUAGAAGAUUUUCUUAUGAAUAAUUUUGAGAAGCGUCCAGUACAUAUACAAAGAAACAAACCUUCUUAUUACUUAAGCCUUGUGUCAACACCUUUAUUGGAUGAAAUAUUGAGGGAAAAGAAUGUUCUUUUUACCAAAAAUAUUGAUAUUACCUCUUAUACCAAUGGAGUGAGAGAAACUUACAAUCCAACUGGUCGUGCUGUUCCUAAUGCUGUUUGGGACUAUUAUAUGAAUAAAUGUUCUGUGAGAAUGUUGAAUCCUCAAACGUUUAUACACAAAAUAUACAUGUUAAAUGCUACCCUCCAAGAAUAUUUCGGCUGCUUUGUUGGCUCCAAUCUAUACCUCACACCACCCGGUAGUCAAGGUUUCGCGCCUCAUUACGACGACAUAGAAGCGUUUGUGUUACAAGUCGAAGGCAAGAAAAGGUGGCGACUGUACAGGCCUCCUAACAAAAGUUACUUAGCGAGGUACUCCUCGAGAAACUUUGACGAGUCGGAAAUCGGAGAGCCCAUACUGGACACGAUCCUUCAGGCUGGGGAUUUGCUAUAUUUUCCACGAGGAACCAUUCACCAGGCUGAAACCGCCGACGAUACUCACAGUUUGCACAUUACACUGAGUGUAUAUCAGAAGAAUAGUUGGUACGACUUUCUCGAGAAGCUGCUUCCGCUAACUUUGAAGCGAGCGGCCGAAAGCAACUAUAAUUUUCGCACAGGACUGCCUUUGGAUUAUUUAAAAUAUGUUGGUACUGCGCAUUCUACGAGCAACGGACAAGCCAGGAAAAUUUUCGAGGAAAAGAUCAAGACUUUUUUUGGUUUAUUGAUAGACUACAUCGAUGUAGAUAGCGCGGCUGAUCUGAUGGCCAAGAGUCACAUUCACGAUUUUCUACCGCCUGCUCUCACCUUGGAAGAACAACAAUGUUCAGUAGCCCGAGACGGUGAUAUCAUGACUCAAAACGGGAAUGUUAAACGUUGUGUGCAAAUAGAAUCUGAUACGAUGAUACGUUUAAUAAGGUCGCAUUGCAUAAGGUUGAUGAAAGAAGAGGAUGGUAUAUUUCGGAUAUAUUACUCCACUGAAAAUUCUAAGGAAUAUCAUGAAUAUGAACUGCAAUUUUUAGAAGUCGACGAAGAUUUCGUUGCUGCCGUUAAGGAAAUAAUAAGAUGCUACCCUAAAUUUAUACGUGUGAGGGAUUUGCCGAUUGAGUAUGAAGAGUACAAAAUCCAAAUAGCGAAAGAUCUUUGGGAAAAGGGUCUUCUUAUAACGGACAUUCCUCGACGUAAUAGCGCGAGUAAGAAGAAUAAAAAGAAUUCGAUAACCAAAAAGGAAUUAUUGAAACGGUAGAAGUAACACAUGUAGGCUAAAUCUAUCUAUUUGAAUCUAUUGUCUAAGAAUACGUUGCGUGUUCGUUGCUCUUUUCAUUUACAUUCGACAAACAAUAUUUUAGUAUAUACUGCAAAUAAGACAUCAAAAAUAAUAAAAUUUGAUAUAUA